GCCUGGGGUGCGCCAUCAGCUGGCGUAUCCGUUCAUGAGAUGAUUUUGCUGAUAUUGGUGAAGAAUUUUUGAAGAAAUGGAAGUCAACGCUAUUUCUCGCACUGUUCAUUCGAAUUUUUGUCCCUUUGAUUCACUUCGAUCCGGACACUUUUGAUGGGAGGGACUUGCUGAUCAUGAACUGCUAUUUCCACUGAAAACAAAUUGGAACUGUGUGAUUAAGCCUUGGGGUUGUCACCAUUUGACAAAAUGUGGCAAUUUGAUGUUUGAAUGAUACUUAUUUUGGAGGUCAACCCGUGCUGCUGCAGUGGCUAUUUUUGUUGUGCAUUCAGGCUUGAAAUGGAGCUGAAAUGGCAGUGCUGGGGCUGCUGUUUUGGCCUCCAAAAGGUUCAAAUGAAGCUGUUGGAAUUUGAAUAUUCACUGGUAGUUUAGGCUAACUUUGUAAUGGAAGAUUGACUUUGGCAUUGGGCAUCGUGUGGGGUGGUUUUCACUGCUAUUUUUUGGAGCUGAUUAUGGUAAGAUUAAUGUUUCACCCGCCUCUAUUUGAUGCAUUACCUUGGAGGAAUAAGUUGGACCUGAUUUUGAAAUACUUUUGCUAAGCAUAUUGACUGCGUUUUUGUGAAACCUGUUUCUUGGGGAGGGAGUACAUAUGGGUGGACUUGAUAUCUCGCAACUUGAUUAGAAUCUAGAAACUAUAAUAACCUUGGUGUUACUUAUAUUAAUAACAUAGAUUAUAUGCACUGAACUUUUUGGCUUAAUUGUUUUGUUGUUUUGUCUUAUGGAGUGAUCAUGUUCUUGAAAGUUGAACUAUCAUUGAUACAUCCUGCUUAUAUACCAUAUGUAGAAGCAUGACAUUGUGUUUAUAUAUUGAUUUUUGAAUUUUAAGUGUUGAUUUUGAAUAAAAUCAAAACUGAAUUAUUUUUUAUUUAGAAAAUCUACAACUUUGCUUGAUUUCUAAGCUAAAUUAUGAACUUCAAUUGUUAAAUAGAUGCAUAUGAACUACUUUGGAGCUAUUUAGUUAGCAAAUAACUCCAAAAAGUUUCAAGUAUUUUUGUUAUGAACUCUUUCUUGUUAUUAACAAACUUUCAUUUUAAUUAUUUAAUGGUAUGCAGAUUGAGGACUAAAGAGGAUGCUUUACAAGAAAAUGUUGCUAGAGCAAGAGAUGUAUUCAAAAAUGUUAUUGAGGGGACAAAUAACUAAAUUAGGCAUGCUGAGUGAACAAUUAGAGUGAUUUUAAUUAUGUAAAUAUUAAAUUAUUGGAUGUUAUUUAGACUUGGAUUCGGUCCUAGAUAAUAUAGUCUCACUCCUUUCCUCCGAUUGAAGUUGGAAUACUGUUCAAGUUCCAGAGUCAAAGACGAAGAUUGAAGAGCUCCGACCUUGAGAUCAAGACACAGAGCAAUCGAGAAAGCCAAGCGUUUGUGGCCAUCGAUAUUUAUAUCCCAGGGCCCAAUAUAUAAUUGGGCCGGCCCUAAUGGAGGGAGUAGAGGAGGAGCAUCAGCUGCAGCAGAUCUCGACAAAAGAUAAUGAUGGUGUCAAUGAGAUUAUCACCGAAGGAACAUCAACUGUUCAUGGAGAGCUUCCCCAAGGUGAGGGUCCUCCAAUUGUUGAUUCAGAAGUGGAAGUCCUUCAUGAGAAAGUAACAAAGCAAAUCAUCAAGGAAGGCCAUGGCCAGAAGCCAUCCAAAUAUGCAACAUGCUUUUUGCAUUAUAGGGCAUGGACAAAAAGCACCAAGCACAAGUUCGAAGAUACAUGGCUUGAACAACAGCCCCUUGAGUUGGUAAUAGGAAAAGAGAAAAAAGAAAUGACUGGGCUGGCUAUUGGUAUUUCGGGCAUGAGAUCUGGUGAACGUGCACUGCUACAUGUUGGAUGGGAACUAGCAUAUGGAAAAGAUGGAAGCUUCUCUUUUCCAAAUGUUCCACCUGAGGCCAGUGUUAUGUAUGAAGUUGAAUUAAUUGGUUUUGAUGAAACUAAAGAAGGCAAAGCACGUAGUGACAUGACAGUAGAGGAGCGGAUUGGUGCUGCUGAUAGGAGAAAGAUGGAUGGAAAUGUUUUUUUCAAAGAAGAAAAACUCGAGGAGGCAAUGCAACAGUAUGAAAUGGCCAUAGCAUAUUUGGGAGAUGACUUUAUGUUUCAAUUGUUUGGCAAAUACCGGGACAUGGCUUUAGCGGUAAAGAAUCCUUGCCACCUUAACAUGGCACAGUGCAUGUUAAAGCUCAACCGCUAUGAUGAAGUGAUAAACCAAUGCAGCAUUGUGUUGGUGGAAGAUGAAAACAAUGUUAAAGCAUUGUUCAGAAGAGGGAAGGCUAGAGCAGCACUUGGACAGACAGAUGCAGCCCGAGAAGACUUCCUUAAAGCACGCAAGUUUGACCCGCAAGACAAGGCUAUUGUACGCCAGUUGGACCUGCUCGACAAACAUGACAAGGCAGUCUACCAAAAACAAAAGGAACUCUACAAAGGAUUGUUUGGAAAAAGACCCGAACCCAAACCCGAAAAGAAGAGUUUCCUUGUUGCAAUUUGGCAUUGGUUGCUGUCUCUGUUUUAUCACCUCUUCAGGCACAAAACUGAUAAAACCAACUGAGCUGUGAAUCUUUCCUUUCACCAAGAUCUACAUUACAUCUGUCAAUGAAGACAAAUGUAGUUUGGACUGUGGAAAGUUAUCCUCCUUGCUUCUUCUCCCCUACAAUAGUCACCCUUAUAUUGGUUGUGUACUCUUUGAUUGUUAAUCUUCACAAGUGUCAAACAAUGUAAUCCAAAAUCAGCCAUUUUGGUGUCGAAAUGGAAAGUGAACUUAUUCAAAUAUUCCUAUGAUACAAUUUGAUAGUAAUUGAUUUUAUAAAAUAAUGAAUCCUCAAAGAAUGUGGGGAUUUCUAACUAUAGUAGCAAUAGUAAAUAAUGUAGGAAAAAUAAAUAGGCUAGCAACAU